UUCUUUGAAGAACGGCCGAUGGUCACUUUAUAUUAAGUUAAUCUGUUUACUUUUCCAUUUGUUUAAAAAUAUGCAAUUUUUUGAAGUUUAAGAUACACUUUGAAAUGGGAACUCCUCGCAAGAACUUCAGCAAUUUUCUGUCAUUCAACCCGCGGGCGGGUCAGUAUCCGUCUCAGUCCACGGACUACAGAUCGCAACAGUUUGGUGGCCAACAGACGCAUCAGCAGGGAACCUUUGGCUUCUACGAGGACAAGCAAGGCUCACAGAAGCCUCAGCAUAAUACGCCGCACUUUUACCAGAACAAAUCGCCACAGGAGCAACAGAGACACCGACCUUACGGGCAGGGUCGUGGUUUUGGACGCGGAGGAGGCUUUAAUCGUAGGGGUCAACAGAACCGAGAGCAGGGUCAAAGACACAACCACCAGAACAGCAGAGAAAACAACCAGAGCGGGAGUGCUUACGCGCAGUACUUUCACCCCUCAAUGCUGGAGGAUCCCUGGCGGGAUCUAAUGGAACGUCACGAGGCCAUUCACGGAUCCAGCACAAGCCAAACCCCAACCAAGAAAGUUGAAGCUAAUUAGAACUAGUUAUUUACCAGUUUUAAGACGCACAUACAUCUUGUAAAAUGUAAAAAACUUAGUUAUCAAUAUCGGUAAACGAAAUGCAGACUUAAAUAAAUAAUAAAUCCCCAUGA